GCGCAUGCGCACUCGCUUCCUCUCGCUGACGGCUUUGUCAAAAAAAAAGUUGAAGUCGCUGCAGUUUCACACAAGUGAUAAAAAAGAAGCGGCGGCGGCGGCGGCGGAGAGGAAAAGGCGGGGGCGGCGGAGCAGGAAGGCAGGACAGACGCUCGGCCGGGAACGUGACACAAAGCGCGGAGACGGGACGGCGGCUGCUGCACGGAAAGUUUACCGCACCAUGGAGUGAUUGACAUGUUGGUGGAGCGGUGAAAGGAGGGCUGAAGAACCGGCGCUAUGGAGGAGGCUCAGAGCAGGGCGAUAGUCACCGAGAGGAGGAAGGCCUGGGCGAAGAGCAGAGAUUCCUGGCAGGCGUCGGAGGCAGAGGAUGUGUCGGCGGAGAGGGGCCACAUACCCCGGGCGGUGCAGGCGAAGCUGCGGCUGGCGGACGGCUCCGGGAAUAUACCCAAUGAAAAGAUUGCAAUAUGGUUAAAUGACUGCAGAACGCCACUGGGAGCGUCCCUAGAUGAACAGAGCAGCGCCCUGCCAGGCUUUCCUAAGGGAAUGAUUAUAAAAAAUGGCAACAGCUUUGAAGAUGACUUGUCCCUUGGAGCAGAAGCUAAUCAUCUCCAUCAAAGGUUCUUGCCGAUGGAGCCCACCUUCAAUGGUAUGCUGGCACAAGAUCGACGACUCCAGUUUCACCAGAAGGGGAGAAGCAUGAACUCCACUGGAUCUGGAAAAAGCAGUGCAACUGUAUCAAGUGUGUCAGAACUUUUAGACCUGUAUGAAGAAGAUCCUGAAGAAAUUCUUUACAAUCUUGGGUUUGGAAGGGAUGAACCAGACAUUGCUUCAAAAAUACCACCCAGGUUUUUCAACAAUUCCUCUUUUGCCAAUGGGAUCGAUAUCAAAGUAUUUUUAAAUGCGCAAAUGCAACGGCUGGAGUUGGAGAAUCCAAACUACGCCUUAACAAGUCGUUUUCGUCAAAUUAAAGUCCUCACUGAGGUUGCAAACGCUUUUUCGUCAUUGUACUCUCAAGUUUCUGGAACUCCACUCCAACAAAUCGGCAGCUCUAAAUCUUUAACUACUACUAGUGAAUCCAAACCAGCACCUCUUACUAGGUCUUCUAGUCAGACUGCAGCUCGUCUCAUGGAGACACUAUCGAAACUUAAUUUAUGUGGGCCACGACCCUUAGGAGAAACUAACAAUACUUCUCAGUCUCUGGAAGACAAAGGACCCAAUGAAACUGGUAACGACGAUGAAUCGCGUAAAAGUGAUCAGAAAGUACUGAAACCUUUCAAACCUCUUGCUACAGUUAAAGAGGAAGUGCCUAAUUCUUCAGCCAACGACACCGGUUGUCUUGAUGUGUCUGUCCUUCCGAAGGAAAAUGGUGUUUCAGAGAUGUUGGCUCAUUCCAGCACCAAUGGAGAGGAACGGCCUUCAACAGACCUAAAUGAAUGUGAUAUCUCUAUUGUGGGCUCCCCUACUAAUAAGGAUUUGAGUGUAUCUACUGAUCAGGAUUGUGAGCACUACCUACCAGAAAAAAAUCCAUCUACUUCUACACCAGAGAGGGAACUGUGUUUGACAAACCCUUCCAUAUCGGGCCUUCUAAAGCAGGAUAAAGAAUCUUUUGAGCUGGAAGAGUUGCAGAGCGCAGAGGAGGAACCCAACCAAGUUCCACCCAGAUGUCGUUUGACUUUGGAAAAAAUAGGCAAAGAUAAUCUGCUGAGGACUGCGAGCCAGCACUCUGACAGCAGCGGGUUUGCUGAAGACACAUCUGGUGACUGUGUAUUGACAAAUUCUCUUCCGGGUCAGGAUUCUUUGCAGGCAAUGGGAAGUAGUGCAGAUAGCUAUGACAGUGAAACUACUGUAACUUCCAUAGGAGAAGACCUAAGGACUCCACUAGCACUUGAUGAGAGGGAAUCUAUUGACCUUGAUGAGUUCCUGACACCUGUUGAUUUGGAAAGAAACAAAUUCUUUCCCGAACAAGAACCUGAUACACACAGUGUAAAGGUGGAAGUCCCAAACCAUCAAAAUGAGGAGCUCAAGUCUAGCGAAGACCUUAAUUCUGCUGUAGGUGACCCUCAUGAGCUGAGUGAAGAGGACUCUGAUUUACAACAUGAAUGUACAGCUGAUAGCGAGUUGGAAAUGAACAGCGAAUAUGAAUCCAUUUCUUACACCACUCAUCACAUAUCGGAAGCGUUGGACAGUUUUCCUGAAUAUGAUAGGUUUCACGGUUUGGAUAGUUCUGAUACCCGUUCUCUGGAUCGUGUCAGUGUGGCGUUACAGCGGGCACAAAAGAAAAUUCUUAGUUCUGGGACAUCAGACUCCAGAGCUGGUCGUGGCAUGAUCACCUCUCGAGACCUGUUAAAGCGGAGGCACAAGUUCACAAGCUGUGGGUACCCGCUGAGAAGGACUCAAUCCCUGCCUUCUCCACUGUUAAGUCCUGUGAGAGUGGUUUCCAAAGUCAACAUUGUUAUACAUUCUGGGAAGGCAACCGUGUGUAGCCCCCCUUCAUUUUCUUACAGAUAUACACCAGAGGAGGAGGAUGACUUGCCUGAACAAACAGAGGAACUUGGCACUAAAAGUAAAUCUACAGUUUUCAGGUCUCCUGUUUCUGACACAACUGAUGCCCAGAAAAGUGGCAUGGAACGAAUGACCGAAGAUCUGAUCUGCAGGUCGCAGUCGUGUAAUGCCCAUGCCCCGUCCCACAGGUCACAUUCUUCCUGUUCCCUUCAUUCUUCACAGUUUGACUGGCAUGAGAGGCCACUAUGUGAACAUGCAAGAGCUUGGAGCACACACAGUGUCCCAAACUUCUCCGGUGCAUCAUGCGGUCCUCUGAUACCCCCAUUUUCCUGUUCAGUUAAUCAGCGGUUCGGCUAUGGAUCUCUUCACAGAUCAUGCUCUGGGUGCUCUUUACCUUUAACUUCUCCUCCAUCCACUACUGAAAUGCAACUUCGCAGAGUACUGCAUGAUAUCCGAAGCUCACUGCAAAAUCUUUCACAGCAUCCCGUGAUUCGUGGGCAUGACUUGACAUCCGGUGGUUACAGCCAGAAAUCAUCUAUUCUGUCGCUUUACGAAAAUACGUUCCAGGAGCUGCAGAUCAUGAGAAGAAGCCUAAAUCUAUUCCGUACCCAAAUGAUGGACUUGGAACUAAACAUGCUACGACAGCAGACCAUGGUCUAUCCGCAUCUAACCGAAGAAGAAAGGUAUGAAGCUGAUCAGCUGCAAGGUUUAAGGAACUCUGUACGAAUUGAGCUGCAGGAGUUGGAGCUACAGCUGGAUGAACGGCUUCUGACACUUGAAGAACAGCUUCGGAGUUUUCAGGUUUCCUCUCCUUUUCAACGCCAAGCAGCAGUGGGAAUGUAUGGUGGAAGAGGAAGUACAGACAGUUUGGUGUUCUCAUCUGGGCUGAAUGUCAUGGAGCCAGUAAAUGAGCUGAUUCGGGAGCAGAGCCAUCUAAAAUCAGAGCUGGGCUUAGACUCAAGACUGGAUCAUGGUGCCGAUCGUUGUGAAUCUGUUUUCUCCCAAGCACCUUCUGAUUCCUCCUCUGUUUGCUCCACUCCACAUAAACAUAGGAAAGGUCCACUAAAAUCUUCAGACUCUGUUGAUAAAUUCAAAGCCCAAACACCGCCCGGUAAAUCUGUAUAUCGUGCCACUGUAGCCUUGACUCCAAGUCCUCCGACCAGAGCUGGAGGCAGUCAAAGUUUUGCAGAUGAAUCGCCUGAAGGACCUGGAAGCUUGAAAUUGGAGCCUGCGGAAAAGAGAGAGACUGAAUUUUACUCGCCUGUUGCUGAAGGAGGUUCACGUUGGAGUCCUGAAGAAAACCAAGAAUUGCAACAAGUAAUCCGGGAGAUUAAAGAAGCCAUUGUUGGGGACAUUCGACGAGAAAUAGUAAGUGGACUGCUGGCAGCCGUAUCUUCUCCAGUGCGAUCAAUGGACGGAAAGAAUGAUGGGAGAAUUUAAAGGAUUGGAGGGCACACAAGUUGGUUGGACUCUUGGCAGCCUGUAAGAAGGAUUUGGAUGAAGCUAUUGUGACAAGUUCAAGAAUCCAGGAGGACUGUCUGCUGCUGAAAUGAUCUACUGUUUCUUUGCUAUCUCCCCCCACCCCUCUAAUAUUUGACUAUGUACUUUUUUUGCGUAGUUUGCGCACUUUUCUUAGCUUUCUGUCAAUAAGAGAACUGUGGAGGUUCCUGACGAUAUUUAUUUUAAUUUACCUGUUUGUGGAUACUUUUUUUUUUUUUUUACUUGAACAUUUCCUUUUUUUUUUCCUUUGUCUUAAAUGUUGCCUACUUGCUAAGGGGGAGGGGGAAGGACAAAUGUGCAAGGUAGUGCAUUCAGGCGAAAUAAAAUGACUAAUAUUGAAGUGCGUAAAGCUUUGUCGCUGACCUCCAUGAGGUAUAGAUUGUGCAAUAGGUGAUUAACUCUGAGCUUGUAAGGAACUUUUUUUUUUUUUUUUU